GUAAUACACAUGCAAGUUGCUUCUCUAUACAUUAAAAUAGCAAAAUGAGUGUCGCCCUAGCAUCGGAGUACCAGCUCGUUCAGAAUGCACAGCUGCCGCAGCGCUGGUCGCAGUGAGUAGAACAGCAGCGCACCAAACGGUGUUCUCACGCGACAUUCAACUGAGGAACGCUGGCCUUCUAUGCGCAGGUCUGCUCGCAAGUCACUCGCGAUUUUGGAGGCGACAGCUCGCAAGGAAGCGACAGCUCAAAUGGAAGCGGCCGGGGGGUCAUUCUGCGGUCAAUUCCCCGUGGACCCUGCCUUCAAGGUCCUGUCGCUGGAGUAUUCUGCCCCGAACCCCGACAUCGCCCGGGCUAUCCGGCGCGUUGACUCGGUGCCGAACCCCCCGCUGCCCAGCCAUGUCGUCGCCAUCCAAAGCACUGCUGUCGACGCGGACCUGUCGCUUGCUAUGGGCGUCUCGCUCACGCCGGGCCGGCACACGUCGUAUUUGGUAGACGCCAGGGCCCUGCAGCAAAGCAACAGCGCCGCGGUGGCCGCCCGCAAGGCUGACGGUGACAAGUGGGGCCCAGCAUGCGACGAGAUGUUCCGGGGCUGUCGAUGUGUGACGGGGCAGGAGGUGGUUUUCUACACAGCUGUAAAGGAGCCGGCGGGGGAGGUGGAGGGGGGAGAGGGCUCCUUAUUCAAGCCAUCCUUUGAUGGCCCCGCCUUUCGCCCCUCAUGGGGCGAGCUGAGCGGCAAGGCAACUGGCGUGGUGGCAUGUGUCCUACAGGUGCCAAUUGGCAAGGAGACAGACAUAAUCUGCGCCGAGUACGACAACCUGGUCAGCAAGGGGCAGUUCGCGACUGUGGACCGUUUCGGUGGGGACCACACGGUGAACAUGACCGGCAACGCGCUGAUACAGAAUGACGGCAAGGCCAUCUCGAAAGGGUACGCCGUGGCGCACCGCGCCCGUGUCACCAGCAACGUCUACGGCAAGGCUAAUGAUGUCAGCCUGCAGCGCCUGGCGGAGACUGUAUGGAGCGUCGUUGAGAAGCGCCUGAGUUUCAUGCCGGCGUACCGGGACCUGGUGAUCACCGAGCAAGGCAAGCCCUUCAUGCUUGGCGCGACUGCCACAAACAUCAUCUCUCUCACCGAGAAUCAGGGCGUGAUGCUGCACCUCGACACUGACGAUGGUGUCUGGACUAUCAUCCUGUGGUUUCAUAGGCACAGCGGCAUCAUCGCUGGGGGCGAGUUCGUGCUGCCAUCGCUGGGCAUCUCCUUUCAACCACUGGACUUCACCAUCGUCGUGUUCGCUGCCAACACCAUCGUGCACGGCACCAGGCCCCUUCAGACAACCGGCAAGAUCAUCCGGUGGGGCUCCAGCCACUUCCUGCGGUUCAAGGAUGUGAACGCGCUGGCACAGCUGGGCGCUGCGUAUGGAGUGGACGAGCUGGACGCCAAGCAGCGGGACCAGCUCGAGGAGGUAGACGCUGCCAACAGCAAGGAUGGUGUCGGGGCUGCCAGGCGGGUCGCGUCUUGUAUGGCAGCAGAGCGUAAGGCCGCCAUCGAGGCACAGAAGGCGGCAUGCGUGCGUGGAGUUGUGAUGAACCCUUGUACUGGACGCAUGCCAUCGCUUUUGUUUUGGCAAGUCUGGCGGAAGCCUCCGGCUCUGGCUGUUCGGGCCAACGCCGUUGCUGGCAAGAAGCGUGCGGCAGCCGAUGUCGAUUUUUGUGGCGCAUAAUACGGGGUGUACAUGGGUUAGCACUGUUGCAUUACCCGUAAGAAGUAUGCAAGGCCCUAGACUGUGAGUUUGGCCAGGUGUGGGUUUAGACAUGUCGCCGGUGCAGGCUUGACUGGAGCCCCACCCUGCCCAGCCCCGAGCCCGGUGCUAGGUGGUUCUGGGAGCGGAUGGCCGGCCCACCGCGCUUACUUGCCUGAACUUACGUGCAUGCUUGAUCUGCAUUUACAAGGCCCUAGACUGCGAGUUUGGCCAGGUCGUGUGGGUUUAGACAUGUCGCCGGGGCAGGCUUGACUGGAGCCCCACCCUGCCCAGCCCCGAGCCCGGUGCUAGGUCGUUCUGGGAGCGGAUGGCCGGCCCACCGCGCUUACUUGCCUGAACUUACGUGCAUGCUUGAUCUGCAUUUACAAGGCCCUAGACUGCGAGUUUGGCCGGGUCGUGUGGGUUUAGACAUGUCGCCGGGGCAGGCUUGACUGGAGCCCCACCCUGCCCAGCCCCGAGCCCGGCGCUAGGUGGUUCUGGGAGUGGAUGGCCGGCCCACCGCGCUUACUUGCCUGAACUUACGUGCAUGCUUGAUCUGCAUUUACAAGGCCCUAGACUGCGAGUUUGGCCAGGUGUGGGUUUAGACAUGUCGCCGGCGCAGGCUUGACUGGAGCCCCACCCUGCCCAGCCCCGAGCCCGGUGCUAGGUCGUUCUGGGAGCGGAUGGCCGGCCCACCGCGUUUACUUGCCUGAACUUACGUGCAUGCUUGAUUUGCAUUUACAAGGCCCUAGACUGCGAGUUUGGCCAGGUCGUGUGGGUUUAGACAAGUCGCCGGGGCAGGAUUGACUGGAGCCCCACCCUGCCCAGCCCCGAGCCCGGCGCUAGGUGGUUCUGGGAGCGGAUGGCCGGCCCACCGCGUUUACUUGCCUGAACUUACGUGCAUGCUUGAUCUGCAUUUACAAGGCCCUAGACUGCGAGUUUGGCCAGGUGUGGGUUUAGACAUGUCGCCGGGGCAGGCUUGACUGGAGCCCCACCCUGCCCCGCCCCGAGCUCGGCGCUAGGUGGUUCUGGGAGGGGAUGGCCGGCCCACCGCGUUUACUUGCCUGAACUUACGUGCAUGCUUGAUUUGCAUUUACAAGGCCCUAGACUGCGAGUUUGGCCAGGUGUGGGUUUAGACAUGUCGCCGGCGCAGGAUUGACUGUCAUGGCCGGUCCCCCCUGUUCGGCUCUGCACUCCCACCAAUUCCGACCGAUU